GCGAAGUUCGAAAUGUUUGGGAGCGUGCAUAAUGCAUCAGAGAUUGGUUAAUUAAUUGAUGCCGUUGUUAAUUGAUGGUAUCGGAGAGCGGAGGAUAUUAUAAUUCGAGGAUAAUGAUUGAUCUUCGGGCGCGAUUGGCAGGUAUGCAAGAGCGUUAAAAGUUUCCGAUCCUAACUAUAGAAAGGUGAGACACGUCGGUAGUAGUAGUAGUACACACAGUGUAUGUAUAUAGUCGAUGGUUUGAGUGGGGAUAGAGGAGAGACUGGCUGAGUAAGAUUGGAAUGGAAGAAGUAAACUGCCAGCCGGAGAAGCAGGCUGCAAGCAGCAAGCAAUCAUACGUUCUGGUAGUUAGUGCUCGAGCCGGGAACGAAAGAGACCGACGACGCGAGUUCCAUCCAUCGAUGCCAGUCGCCCGAAGACAUCCAUGAACAGUUGGCGCUACCACGGGGCUAUACGAGGAUCCGUUGAUGAUGAAGAAGACCGAAAUGGAAGUGCGCGCCGGUGUUUUGAUGAUGAUGUUGGUGGUAUUCGCGACCACGACAUCAUCCGCGAAGAAAAUCGCGAUCAACAAAUGCUGUACGAUGGACCAACACAUGACCAGAAGUGACAAUUACACGUGCGUUAACGAGAAGAAAGACUAUUGGACUGUGGCUAAGAUAUACGUGCAACGCGAUCGAAAGUAUCUGCAAACGGGAGAUUACCCAAGAAUAUGGGAGAUCAAAGAAGGUGGCAUACCGAAGUGCGAUUCGAACAACUCCCUUCGUCUGCUGAAGUACACGCAAGGUUCCUUCCUGAUCUUCGGCAACAGCUCUCUCUUCAUCGCCGAAUACAACAAGUUGAUACCGGCGAGGAAGUACUGCGUGGACUACGACACCGCUCUUGUGUGUCAAGAGGAGAUAGCGGUGUUCAGGCCCCAGGUGAAGAAGUGCUGCGGUAACGGCGCUCUAUACUCCGAUGCGAAGAAGGGCUGCGCCUACUCGCGCAACGGCAAGGACUCUAUGCUGUACCUAUCCUCUGAAUACGAGACCACCAACGGCUUUCCGGACUGCAAGAAUGACAUGGUCAUCGCCGGUGACUUCAACGAAUCCUCUCUGCAGCCGGACGGCAGUCUUCAGAUCGCUGAGACCAAUUUAGCUGCCGGUGACUUCUGCUUGGAACACGUUCUGGAGAAUGCAGGCACUCCGAGGAUCUUCGUGUGUAGGGUCGAGGUGCCCUUCGUCGUCCAAAAACAUCCGACGCAAGGGGACCUCAGGUUCACCUUAUACCCAAUUGGAUUGGCCUUAAGUGCGGUUUUCUUGGCUGCGACUCUAGUUGCAGGAUCUCUGCUUCCUGCGAGCCAUCACGUCCUGCAUUGGAGAUGCCAGACGAACCAUGUGGCGUGUCUUCUCCUAGGAGACGUCCUCCUCUGCAUAGUUCAACUGUCAGCAGAUACUAUGAGUUACACACCGUGCUUUAUCAUAGCCGUGUCGAUGCACUUCCUGUUCUUGUCCGCAUUUUUCUGGCUGAAUACCAUGUGCUUCAACAUAUGGUGGACAUUUAGGGAUCUGAGGCCGCAGAGUCUGGAGAAGAGCCAGGAGCGCUGGAGGCUCAGGCUGUACGAGCUGUACGCUUGGGGAUUCCCUCUUCUGAUUGCUGGAGUCGCAGCCCUUCUGGAUUCCGUCGAUAACGGCGACUACUUAAUUCAACCCGGUUUCACCAAACACGCUUGCUGGUUUGCAGGCAACAAGGAGAUCCUCACGUACUUCUUCGGACCGAUCGGAUGUUUGCUGGCCAUCAAUUUGAUCCUGUUCGCGGCGACUGCCAGAGAAUUGACCUGCGGCUUGUGGAAACGGGAACUUGUCAAAUCGACGACAGAAAGAGCCGCAUUGGGUAGAGUGUGUAUGAAGCUGGUGGUGGUGAUGGGCGUAACGUGGAUCGCGGACGUCAUCUCCUGGGCGGUCGGCGGACCCCAAGAGAUUUGGUACUUGACCGACCUGAUCAAUUGUCUUCAGGGCGUGUUCAUCUUCAUCGUGGUCGGAUUACAACCACAGGUCUUGACUGCUGUGAAACGCGUUUGGUGCCUCAGGAAGAACAGAACAGCGGAGACGGCUGGAAACACCAAUCACCAUUCAUCCAGUUUACCAUCGAUGGGUGACACCAACAACAGUAUCACCAACGGCACCACGAAGACCUUCCCCGAAACCAGCUGCUGAAGAACAACGAUUUAUUUUUUUAUUUCAUUUUUUUUUUGAUAUAAAAAAAAAUUAAUUUAUAUAUAUAUAUAUUUUCUAGAUAUAUACAUU